AUAAAAGCAAGGAAAUAUAUCACAAUUUUAUGUAAAAUACUAUAGACAUACGAAAGUGUUUGCAUAUAUGUAGAAGCAGAAGAGACAAGCACAACAGUUCUCAUUUGAUAAAUGCUCCAUACUCACUUCUCCACACACCAAACAAAAAAAAAAUACAAGAAAACAAAAUAAUGACAAAAUGUUUCAAAUUAAAGAUUUCAAGAAUCCUCUCAUUCAAAUGUUGUCGUUCAAAAGAUCCAUCCUCUCUCCCUUUUAAUCCUGUUCCUUCAAGUCUCCGUCGUACUCCACCAUCGGUCAACUCAACAUCCGUCGUCACCACCGUGCCACAACGUCGUCGUUCUUCUUUCAGACUACACGUUUUAACCGUGUUUGGCCGCGGACGCUCCUCCACUACGCUGGAUAUUGUUGAUCGAAAGACUUCACCGUCGUUAUCUCCGCCGCAGACGCCGACGUUUCAGUGGGAAAGCGAGGGGAAGUGGCACGUGAUCGCUCAUGUCACGGAAGAAGAAAACGAAACGCCUCGCCGGAAAAUUUACGACGGUGGGUCGGAAAAAGAUAAACGCCGGCGUUUAAAGAAGAAGGAGAGAUCAAACUCUUGGCGGCGAGGGAGCAUUUCCUCCGCCGAAGAAGAGACGGACAGAGAGAGUCUCUUACCUUCUUCUACAAACCUCUCGCCGGAAAAUUCCUCCUCCUCAGAGCUGCCACGUGUCACAAGGCGUCGGAGACACAUUCCAAAAAAGUCAGCGAUCGUGGAAGAAAGCGAGUCUUCUUCACCACCACCAUCUCCGGCGAGGCUUUCCUCGUUUGUUCAAAGAUUGAUGCCGUGUACGACGGCGGCUGCGGUUAUGGUUGAAGGAGUGGCGGUGGUGAAGAGAUCGGAGGAUCCUUACGAAGAUUUCAAAGGUUCGAUGAUGGAGAUGAUUGUAGAGAAGAAGAUAUUCGAAGUAGCUGAGCUUGAGCAGCUUCUCAGUUGCUUCCUAUCGCUAAACGCGAAACGCCACCACCGCGCGAUCGUUAGAGCGUUUUCAGAGAUUUGGGUUGCUUUGUUCGCCGGUGGUAACGGUAGUGGUGUUCAACGGAGGUCAUCCUCCUUCUCGAGUGUUCGACUCUCCGAUUAUGAAGAGUGUUAAAAACAAUAAUAACGUUUAAUGUCUAACUAAAUAAUCUUUUUAAUUAAGUGAUCGAUGUAAAUUAUGCGGCGGUGCAAUUAUUAAAAAUGUAAUCAUUUAAAUGCGUUAGGCCAAUUUAAAAUACUAUAUAUUUGUACGA